GCCAAAAAAAAACAGGUAUCAAGCUGGGGUCUGUGCUCCAACGUGCCUUCUACGGGUCCAGUGGGAGGGUGACCCUUUUCGAGCAGAGGAACUUUGCAGGUCGGCGACUGGACCUGACCUCUGACUGUCAGAAAUUGAGUGAAAAAAAUUUUCCUGACAGAUGCAACUCUGUCCAGGUGGAGAGUGGAGCAUGGGUGGCAUAUGAACAUGAGAACUUCCGAGGACGUCAGUACCUGUGGGACAUGUUUGACAGGGGGGAGUACAACUGCACUGAUAGGUGGUGUGCUCAGGGUGACCUCAUCUCCUCGGUUCGUGCUGUGAAACAAGACAAUAACCCUCCUCGAGCACAGCUGUUUGAGAGGGCAGGUUUCUCAGGCAAGAAGACAGAGCUUCAUGAUGACAUCCCCAACCUGAUGAGCCGUUACAGCCUUAACAGAGUGUCCUCCAUCAGAGUAAUGGGCGGAACCUGGGUGGCGUACCAGGAGCCUAACUACAGAGGAGCCCAUUACAUCCUGGAGAAGAAGGACUUCAACAGCUUCUCUGACUGGGGUGCCCAAAACAGCACCAUUGCCUCAAUUCGCCGUGUCUGCUUCAGCUAGACAAAAUCUCCACAUCUGUCAGCUCUUUAGACAAACAAUACACCAGCUAUAAGUGAAACAGAAGCACUAUUUUAUUAAUAAACUGAUGAAAAAGACAAAUAGUGUUGUUUGUGCUUAAGUUAUCAAACAGGAACUACAUAAUUCAUCAGGUAUGUUAAAGAUGAAAAGUUCUCCAACGGUUCAGGAGAGUUUCAGAUGCAGGAAUGAGUGUUGUGUUGUCCUCUAGUGGUGAAUCACAUCACGCGCAUUGGCGUUUCUGCAAUGUCAGCCCGUCUGGU